GGCCGCCUGGCCGCCUCCGCGUCGGCCUGCAUUUGGGCCGACCGCCCGGGGUCGGCGCCGCGGGCCCCUCCGUGCGCCUGGGGCCCCCCAUCCCCCGCGUGUCGGGCGUGGGAGCCGCUCUCAGGCGCCUCUUGGGGCCCGCGGCCGGGGCAGGGCCGGGUGAUUUCUGGGGGGAAGGAGACCCCCCAACCCCGGCAGCAGACCUGGAGAGGACCUGAGAGCAGAGAGUGGGACCAGACAGCUGCCUAAGGCUAAGACCGUGUAUGGUGGGACAUCCGGGGCCUGAAGGAGCCCGGGUUUCAGUUCUGGCUCCGCCCAGGACUGGCUUCUUGACCUUGGGUAGUUCACUUUCUUUUCUGGGUCUUACUGUCCUCAUCUGUAAAAUGGAGAGCUUGGACUCAUUGUCUCUCAAGGCUUUUCCACCCACAACGUCUGUGACAGGCACUCUUACGGUCUCCUGUUGGGUUUCCAGUUUAACAAAGAAAAACAAAACGUUAUUUAGGGAAACAGUAGUUUCUCUCUGUCUCUCUCUCUCUCUGUCUCUCGCUCUCAUGAAUCUCAGUGAUGCUCAUAGUUCCUGGGGAGGCUGGGCGCUUAGCAUCUGCAGAAAUGGAGGCCUUUGCUCAACAGGGCCUAAGGGUACUUCCCUUUCCUCUAGCUGAGAAAGGGGACUUGAACUUGUGCAAGAGGGGUAACUGGAAGGUCUGGUUAAAAUGCAGAAUCAGCAAAGGAACUCCAGGCAGUCCAUGACCAGUUAGUUGCAGGGUGCUCCAGGCUGUGCUCGCUGCCUCCCUCUGCUCUGCCUCUGGUCUGCACCCAUUCCUUCUUGGCGCUGGCUUCUGUCACCUCCGCUUUUGCCAAUCCGAGGGGCCUCCUUCCUACAGGAAGCCUCCUGAAGAACACUUCCCCCACCCCUAGGUGCUCCCUCUUACUGCCUUGUUUUGUAAUUUUCUGUUCCAUAAUUCUCUAAGAGUUUCUUCCCCGCCAGAUGGUGAUCUCCAGGAGGGAGGGCUGAGCAGGGACUUUAAGUCUUAUUUCUGGUUUCAUAGUCAAGAAAGCACAGGGCCUGGCCCUAGAAGGUUCUUAGGGAACAUCUGCGGAUUUAAAAUAAUGACAGCUGUGUUCCUUCAAUGAUUCCUGUUUGACCAGUGCUGUUCUGAGCGGUUUACGUGCGUGAACUCUUUAAACCUCACAACAACCUGAAGUUACCAUCAUUAUCCCCGCUUACAUGUAAGGAAACUGAGGCAGAGAGCACUAACUUGCUCAAGGUCACACAGGUGGGAAGUGGCAGGACCAGGCAGGUAACUUCUAGUCAGUACAGGAAACAGCCUCCAGGUGAAUGAAUUAAGUCUGCCAAUUAGAACUUUGUGGGAGGCUGAUGGGGCCAACCAGGGUGCUCUGAUUUCCUCGCAAAGACAAAGCCUCAUCUUGGGAUUCUGCAAUUAAUGGAACCUUCCAAGCAGUCUGCAAGGAUACCUGUGCAGCUCCACCUUGUGCGUGGUCCUUCCUGGCUUCUGGGUUCCCCAGGCCUUUUUGAGACCCCACUACUGUCUCUGGGUUGCAGACUCCUAGCUACGAUGUCCCUGGAUUCCUGUCUGGAAUGUGAACCUAAGGAUUACAUCUGCCUCGUAGGCCUAGGAGGUAGUUUCAGGAGCAAGCUCAGAGACAGCCAGGCGAGAGUCCAGAGGUGCAAGGGCACAGAAAUCAUGGGCUUGGACCUUGGAGCCAGGUGGCCUGGGUUCAUCUCCUGGCUCCACAGCUGAUAGGCACCCAGCCUUGGGCAAGUGAAGCUGAGGCGUCUGCUGCAGAAUGAACCACAGCCCUGAGAAGGGGAAGUAGAAGCUCAGCUCGCUCUCUGCCAUGGCCUGUGAACCGCAGGUGGACCUGGGGGCGGCUGGCCCCUUGCCCACCUCCUCCCCUGGCUGGGGCACCCUUCCUGCAGGGAGCCCUCCUGGCUGGGGGCAAGAGCUCCGCAAUGGCCAGGUCCUCACGGUUCUCCGGAUCGACAAUACCUGCGCGCCCAUCUCCUUCGAUCUGGGAGCCGCGGAAGAGCAGCUGCAGACCUGGGGCAUUCAGGUCCCGGCCGACCAGUACAGGAGCUUGGCCGAGAGUGCCCUCUUGGAGCCCCAAGUGAGAAGAUACAUCAUCUACAACUCGAGGCCCAUGCGGCUGGCCUUUGCUGUGGUCUUCUACAUGGUCGUGUGGGCCAACAUCUACUCCACCAGCCAGAUGUUUGCCCUGGGGAACCACUGGGCGGGCGUGCUGCUCGUGACCCUGGCCGCGGUGAGCCUGACCCUGAUGCUCGUGCUUGUGUUCGAGAGACACCAGAGGAAGGCCAACACCAACACGGACCUAAGGCUGGCGGCUGCCAACGGAGCCCUCCUGAGACACCGGGUGCUGCUGGGGGUGACGGACACGGUGGAAGGAUGCCAGAGCGUGAUCCAGCUCUGGUUUGUCUACUUUGACCUGGAGAACUGUGUGCAGUUUUUGUCUGACCAUGUUGAAGAAAUGAAGACUAACCAAGAGUCCUUGCUGAGAAGCAGAUUGAGCCAGUUGUGUGUUGUCAUGGAGACUGGGGUGAGCCCCACGACAGCGGAGGGGCCUGAGAACUUGGAGGAUGCUCCUCUCCUGCCCAGCAAUGCUUGUCCCCAGGAGAGACCCCUGAUGCAGACUGAGCUUCACCAGCUUGUUCCUGAGGCUGAGCCAGAGGACAUGGCCCGGCAGCUGCUGGCAGUGUUUGGCGGCUACUACAUCCGGCUCCUGGUCACCUCCCAGCUCCCCCAGACAGGGGGAACACGACACACAGACUCUCCGAGGGUUCCGUGCCCCUGCCAGCUCAUAGAAGCCCACAUCCUGGGCACAGGGUGCUGCCCGUUCCUGGCCAGGUGACCUAGGGACAAAGGUACUCAUCUUCCUCCAAGACCGAGAAGUGGGGGAGGCUUCAGGACCCCCACACGGCCAGUGGCGAGCCCCCGGUGAGAGCAGCAUCUGGGGCACUGUGAAGGGGGUCAGUCACGUCAGCAAUAGGGGUGUCGUGCUCACUGUGGGACACGGCACAAAAAUGCUGACCCCUGGCCUUUGCAGAAGCUGACAGUCGCUGAGCUGGUCCCAGCCCAAGCUACUCUGCUGCUCAGAACCGUGGACAUGGAUGGAAGGGCCCGUCUCCCAUCCCUUCCGGUGUCCGGAGAGCCCAGGAGAUACGAAGAUGGCGACUGGGGGACUCCAUGCGUCCGAAACUUGGUCUCAGAUGAUGCUUCUAUCCCCAACCCCUCAUGUCAGUGGGAGAGACUGAGGCCCAGAGAGGAUACUGCUCUUUGUGGCAUUGCCUUGAAUGUCUAAAAUUGUAAGACUUCCUCUUUCCAAUCUGAGAAAAAUAAGUUAGUUUCAGAAUUCUCUCCAUUUUUGUGGUUUUCUCCCCCAUAUUUUAAGAAAGACAGUGGCACCUAGCACACAGGCCACAGAAGACAGAGACGGAAGAAAGAGACAAAGGCAGAUCACUGUUAAUGUGAAUAUUUGGAAGAGACUGACCCUGUUUGACUGGAGGAUUUAUUUUGUUCAAAAGUGUGCAUGCUUAGGGUUGUGGUUAUGCUGCGGAUGUAUAAGCACAGUCGUGUUUUCUGAUGCUAACAUUGUCCCCGCAUGAAGUGUGAUCAUUCACUCGUGGAAUUCUGUGAUGAGCUCAGAGGCCCUCGAACAAGGUGAAAGACCCGUUGUUCCAUAGGCCCAAGUCCCAAAGCCCUGACCUGGCUUUGGAAGGCUCCCUAGCCCCCAAGACCCGCCUUCACCUACAAUUUUGGCUUCUUCUCCCACAUAGCCCCUUUAUAAGUUGAAACGCUUUCUUGGUCUGACAUGCCUGUUCCUUUCUAUCUAUCAGACUCCUAUUUAUGCUUUAAAGCCCAUCUUUCCUUACUCUUCCUUCAGGAAGCCUUCCAGCACAGCCAGCUCUGCUGCUCUCUGACUCCUUUAAGUUGUUGAUAUAACUGCCACCUAUACUGAUGUUCCGUGUUACUGAUUCUGUUUUCCUGUGUACACGCUAGUUUUUCUAGCUAGACUGUAAACUCCUCAAGGAUAAAGACUGUACCUUAGACUUUUUGUGCAUGACCUGAGCCUGCCAAGGAAAAAAAAUCCUGUGGAUUGUUUUGCCGUCUCCAUAGCACCUUUUGCAAAUUGUUCCCCAAACUCAGUUGAAUGAUAAAAUUGGUAUGGACCUGGGUUCUGGACCUGAUCUGCCACUUUUAGCUGCAUAACGUUUGACAAGUUACUUUCUUUGGCUGGUCCUCAAUUUGCCCGUCUAUAUAAUGGGUGUAUAAUGGAUGAUUCGUAAGGGCCCUUCCAGGACCAAGGUUCUGAGAAUUUCCAACUUACUCUAUGCCCUCCUAGCUCUUGGCCUAUCUGUCUGUUAUGUGUUUAUCUACAUGCAGAAAGGUCCUACAGCCCCACGUGGCUAAGGUGUCCUGGGCCUGGUAUGUCCUUGGACAGAACACUGGGCUAGCUAGCAGAAGACUGGAUUCUUGUCCCCAGUCUGCUACUUCCUAGCUGUGUGACCUUGGCUAAGUCACUUAAUCUCUCUUAGUGUUACUUCACUCCUUUAUGAAACGGAUCUGGUGAACAUGAAAUGUAGUAAUGUGAGUGACUCACCAUGUAAGAGACGGGUCUGACUUUCUCUGUGCCAGGGAAGAGAGAUGGUGUAUGUAGAGUGUAGACCAGGCCAUGGAAAUGGCUGUCGUAGGCAUCUGUCUUUAGUCAAGGUUGAAGGCAGCUUUACUCAAUGAAAUUGUUCACUAAGGUGAUCACUGUCUUUCUGACCUGACACAGUGGAAAUACUGGCUGUGAAUGUGACCAAUAGAAACCUGUAUUUAUCAUCCUGUCAUAAAACUGUGGUAUGUAUAAUAACAGAGA